AUGCAACGGACAACCGGUGAAGCGAUUUCACGGCCCGAUUCGGCAGAGUCGAGCAUUCUAAGUGAGUCCCCGCUAAGCAGCAGCAAAAUGAAGAAACGUGUUCUGUGUGAGCGGUGCAACAAGUCGUUUUGUGACAAAGGAGCGCUAAAGAUUCACACCAGUGCCGUUCACCUCAAGGAGAUGCACAUGUGCACGAUACCCGGCUGUGGCAAAGAGUUCAGCAGCAGAAGAAGCCGGAAUCGUCACUCAGCCAACACCAAUCCCAAACUGCACAUGCCCUGA